GUCUGGUUAGAAAACUAUGGUUGGAGAGGGGCUUUAAUUGUGACAGGAGCAAUACACUUGCACGGAUUAGUGACAGCGACGGCUCUUGAUCCCAGCAUUGGCCGUAAACAAGACGUCACUUACACAGGAAUUGGAAUAAAUGAAGAAGAUAAGACAUUCCUGGAAAAGAUUGGAGAAAGGCUUCAGUUUCACGUGUUGAGAGAUAUUAAGUUAAUUGGGUUGUUUAUUGUUGCCUUUUGCGUUUGUUUUACAGGUGUUGUAUUUUACUUGAGUUUGAUACCAUACGCCAUCAGCAUCAGUAUUGAGCCGAUUAAUGCCAGCUUCCUGAAAUCGCUUGUAGGAAUGGGAUGUAUUAUUGCUAGAUUUGUACAGUGUAUUGUUCCACAGACAGUCGGGACAUCUGUCAAGCUGUUGGUGUUUACACAAAUCAUCGAUGUCAUAGUACUUACAAUUUUCAUAUUCUCGAAUCAGUAUACUGCUCUGGCUAUAACGUCAUUUACACAUGGAGCAGCAUAUGGAAUGCAGGCCAGCUUAUUACUCUUCCUAACAAUAAAAUCGGUGGAUACAGAGUACGCUGGUAUCGCCACUGCCUGGGGAAUAUCAUUUGCAGGCUUAGGUUAUUUUUCAGCCGGAUUGCUUGGAUUUUUCAACGGUGACAUGGAUUUGUUACUUUCUUUCCAGACAAGCACAGCCUUACAAGCCUUUGCAUUAAUUCCAAGUUUUGUUGUUUUUUAUGCAUUGCGCUUUGAAGAGUGAAAAUACAUUUGCAUUUGUUUUUCUAUUAAAAAUACGAAUAAAUAAAUUAAAAUUGCAAAUAAAGGAGGGCCAUCCUAUAAAGGGCUUUGAAU